AAUUACAGUUGUAAUAUGGAAGAUGUCCAAGUGUGUUUCAGUCUUUGUAUGUGGUUGGUUUGAAUUUUUCUUCACACGCUCUUGGGGAAGCGGCUUCAUUGUUUCUAUGAAUUUGUUUUAUUAUAUGAUUUUUUGAAAUUAUAAAUAUAAUAUUUCUCCGAGUUAAUACCAAGUCGUAUAUAUGAAGAACAAAUCUAUGUGUUUUAGUUCAUCUGCUUGCUCUGCUUAGUGAGAGGAAAUAUUUUUGGGGUUUCUUCCAUGGAUGAUGCUUUGAUGUCAAAUUAGGUGAUCAGUGGAUUUCUUGGAAUAUUUAGGUCGCAACUUCUUUCACAAAAUUCAGUGAAUCAUGUCUUCAAGAUCACCCAAAGCUUUAGAACUACAACAGGGCAGGGGUCCGAUUCCUCCACAAGUGACUUUUGCUAGGAGGACCUCUUCAGGUCGCUAUGUCAACUAUUCAAGAGAAGAUCUUGAUAGUGAAAUUGGCAGUGCUGAGUUCAUGAACUAUACAGUCCACAUACCUCCUACACCUGAUAAUCAACCCAUGGAUCCUUCGAUAUCUCAGAGGGUUGAAGAGCAAUAUGUCUCGAAUUCACUUUUUACCGGCGGGUUUAACAGUGUAACGCGUGCCCACUUGAUGGACAAAGUGAUUGAUUCUGAAACUAGCCAUCCUCAGAUGGCUGGUGCAAAAGGGUCUUCGUGUAAAAUUCCUGGGUGUGAUGGAAUGGUUAUGAGCGAUGAAAGGGGUGUGGAUAUCCUUCCUUGUGAAUGUGAUUUCAAGAUUUGUCGAGAUUGUUACAUUGAUGCUGUGAAAACUGGUGAUGGGAUCUGCCCAGGAUGUAAAGAGCCUUAUAAGCAAACGGAUCUUGAUCAGAACAGUGUCGACCCACGACAGCCUUUAUCUCUGCCAUCAAAUAUUCCAAGUUCUAAAAUGGAAAGGAGGACGUCCUCAAAGAUGGAGAGGAGGUUGUCUUUGAUGAAGUCAACCAAAUCGGCUUUGGUUAGGAGCCAAACAGGGGAAUUUGAUCAUAAUCGGUGGUUAUUUGAGACAAGUGGGACUUAUGGUUAUGGCAACGCGUUUUGGCCUAAAGAUGAUGGAUUAAGCAACGAGAGAACUGGGGUAACUGGAGCUGAACAGCUAGAGCUUCUAAACAAGCCGUGGCGGCCUCUUACUCGCAAACUGAAGAUACCUGCUGCUAUUAUAAGUCCUUAUCGGCUCCUAGCCUUGAUUCGGAUGGUGGUUCUUGGAUUAUUUCUUCAUUGGAGAAUCACUCACCCCAAUGAAGAUGCAAUAUGGCUCUGGUUUAUGUCAAUUGUUUGUGAGAUCUGGUUUGCAUUCUCUUGGCUGCUUGACCAACUUCCCAAGCUCGCACCCGUUAAUCGUGCAACUGACCUCAAUGUACUGAAAGAAAAGUUUGAAACCCCAAGUCCCCAAAAUCCUUCAGGAAAGUCUGAUCUUCCUGGGGUAGAUGUCUUUGUUUCUACUGCAGAUCCAGAUAAAGAACCACCUCUUGUUACUGCAAACACCAUUUUAUCUAUUCUUGCUGCUGAUUACCCUGUUGACAAGCUAUCUUGUUAUGUUUCUGAUGAUGGUGGUGCUCUUUUAACCUUCGAGGCCAUGGCAGAAGCUGCAAGUUUUGCCAAUUUGUGGGUCCCUUUUUGUCGGAAACAUGAUAUCGAGCCAAGGAAUCCCGAGUCUUAUUUCAAUUUGAAAAGGGAUCCUUUUAAGAACAAGGUGAGACAGGACUUUGUUAAGGAUCGCAGACGAGUUAAGCGUGAGUACGAUGAGUUUAAGGUCCGGAUUAAUGGUCUUCCUGAUUCCAUUCGUCGUCGGUCUGAUGCAUAUAAUGCCAGAGAAGAAAUUAAAGCCAUGAAGCUUCAAAAAGAGACCGCUGGUGAUGAACUCCUGCAACCUGUGAAGGUCCCUAAAGCAACAUGGAUGGCAGAUGCAACUCAUUGGCCUGGAACCUGGAUGAUGGCUUCUCCAGAACAUGCGAAGGGUGAUCAUGCCGGCAUCAUACAGGUGAUGCUGAAACCACCGAGUGAUGAACCACUAAAUGGCACCGAUGGUGAGGUGAACCCGCUUGAUUUUAGCGAAGUUGAUAUUCGACUUCCUCUUCUGGUCUAUGUUUCUCGUGAAAAACGUCCCGGCUAUGAUCAUAACAAGAAGGCUGGAGCCAUGAAUGCGCUUGUUAGGGCCUCGGCUAUCAUGUCUAACGGGCCAUUCAUGCUCAAUCUUGAUUGUGAUCAUUAUAUAUACAACUCUCAGGCUAUAAGAGAAGGAAUGUGCUUUAUGAUGGACCGAGGUGGAGACCGGAUCUGUUACGUGCAGUUCCCGCAGAGGUUCGAAGGGAUCGAUCCUUCUGAUCGUUACGCCAAUCACAACACGGUUUUCUUUGAUGGGAACAUGCGGGCCCUUGAUGGUCUUCAAGGUCCGGUUUAUGUUGGUACUGGAACCCUCUUUCGUAGAACUGCGCUUUACGGGUUUGACCCUCCUCGAUCCAAAGAAUACCAUUCGGGAUUUUGCAGUUGUUGUUUUGCUCGUCGUAAGAAAAGCUCGGUCGCAUCUGCACCUGAGGAAAACCGAGCUAUGAGAAUGGGAGACUCAGAUGAGGAGGAUAUGAGUCUUUCUUUGUUCCCUAAAAGGUUUGGCAAUUCGAGUUUACUGAUAGAUACGAUUCCGAUAGCAGAGUUCCAAGGCCGGCCUCUUGCUGAUCACCCGGCGGUUAAAAAUGGUCGGCCGCCCGGUGCACUUACGAUUCCGAGAGAACUUCUUGACGCAUCCACUGUUGCUGAAGCGAUCAGUGUGAUCUCGUGUUGGUAUGAAGACAAAACCGAAUGGGGAAAUAGAGUUGGAUGGAUUUACGGAUCCGUGACUGAAGAUGUGGUAACGGGAUACCGUAUGCACAACAGGGGAUGGCGGUCGAUUUAUUGCGUGACCAAGAGAGAUGCUUUUCGGGGAACCGCCCCGAUCAAUCUGACCGACCGCCUCCAUCAGGUGCUCCGGUGGGCCACUGGUUCUGUUGAAAUCUUUUUCUCAAAAAACAACGCUCUUUUAGCUAGUUCGAAGAUGAAGUUCCUCCAGAGGAUCGCAUACCUCAAUGUCGGGAUAUACCCUUUCACCUCCAUCUUCCUCAUUGUUUACUGCUUUCUUCCCGCUCUUUCCCUCUUCUCCGGCCAAUUCAUCGUUCAGAGCCUCGAUGUCACCUUCCUCGCAUACCUUCUUGCCAUCACCUUGACACUAUGCAUGCUUGCUGUUCUCGAGAUCAAAUGGUCCGGUAUCGAGCUAGAAGAAUGGUGGAGAAAUGAACAGUUUUGGCUCAUCGGCGGCACCAGUGCCCAUCUUGCUGCCGUUCUUCAAGGUCUUCUGAAAGUGGUUGCCGGAAUAGAGAUCUCGUUCACUCUAACAUCAAAAUCCGGCGGUGACGAAGAUGAUGAAUUUGCCGACCUUUACAUCAUCAAAUGGACAUCUUUGAUGAUUCCGCCAAUUGUGAUCAUGAUGACAAAUCUGAUUGCGAUAGCGGUUGGGGUUAGCCGAACGAUCUACAGCGCGAUACCGCAGUGGAGCCGACUGUUGGGCGGGGUGUUUUUUAGCUUCUGGGUGUUGACUCAUUUGUAUCCGUUCGCGAAGGGGCUGAUGGGACGAAGAGGGAGGACACCGACGAUUGUUUUCGUGUGGUCGGGGCUGAUCGCGAUCACGAUUUCGCUUCUUUGGGUUGCCAUCAAUCCACCUGCUGGUGCAAAUGAAAUUGGAGGUUCUUUCCAGUUCCCUUGAUUAAAUUCUUUAGAGUACGUUGUGAAUUAGGAAGGAAUAUAUUUGUUUCAAACUGUUGAAUUUUGUUUAUUGGUGGUACACAUAUUCUUCAUUUCUUUCUUGAUGCUGGCAAAAAGAGUUGUUUUCUUUGGUA